AACUGUCAAAUGUCAAUAACCAACCCACCCAAAGUAUAUGGAUAAUAAUAAUUACCUAUUUUCUUAAAACUGUACCUGCAUUGUAAUUACAGAAUUGCCCUGUAAAAAAAGCUGUAGGUAUACGUUUAAUUGGUUACGAUAAAAAAAUAUAUCUUCAGUUUUAAGCAAUAUUUGUAAAAUAUUUUCCACCAGUGUCAAUAAUCAACGUAGAGCUAGGAAAUAAUUGCCAAGUUUACUUUCUCGUGUUCGGGACCAGUCACAUCUGUUAGCGUUAAAAACUUUCCUAACCAGUCUGAAGUACUCCGAGAUCCUUUGCAUAAUGGCUCGAGGACAACAGAAGCUGCAGUCGCAGGCCAAAGCCGCAGAAAAAAUAUCAAAACUGAAAAAGCAACAGGGUCACAGUGCCACGGAUCAAAAAAAGGCUGCACAGAAAGCGCUCGUACAUGUUUGUGCAAUCUGUAAGGCUCAGAUGCCAGACCCCAAAACUUACAAACAACAUUUUGAAAAUAAACACCCUAAGAAUGAUCUACCUGAAGACUUAAAGACUAUUUAAAUGAGACUUAUCAUCCGUCGUCACGACACCAACAAUCGAUGCACAGUAGGCGCUGCGAGGUCGCGCGGCGCCGCCUGCCGGCGGUGGUGUCGUGGAGACGGAUGGGGCGACACCGGUUAGAUUUAAUCUUUUUAUUUAUAAGAACAGUU